AUGUCCGACGGAGACUAUAGUGAACAAUCGUACUACGAAGAGGAGUACGAAGAGGACGAGCUGAUCGAGGAAGAGGUUUACGAAGAACCGGCUCCUCCCUCACCAUCACGUCCGGUCCAUCCACUCUUUGCCGGUGGCAAUGCAAAGAAUGCCCUAGCUGCGGCGGCGAGUAAUAUGACAGCAAGUCGAUCAGAAGAGGGUGAGCCCAAAAGCCAGCCGGCUCCUACUCAAUCUUCGUCGUCUACUCGUCCCACCCAUCCCCUCUUCGGAGGUGGCGGAAUAGGCGGAGGCGAAAAGGCUGACUUGAACGCCCAAAUUGCCGCCAUGGCAGCCAAACGCAACAAACGAGUCAAGACCGACGGUCCAACAACACCGACACCUAAGCAAACGCUAGCGACGUCAUCUAUUUCCAACGGGCCACCGACAGGAUCCUUGGCAGAACAAGUUGCUCAGCUAGCAGCUCGCCGACAAGCCCGAUUAGACAGUGGUGAACCUCUUCCGUUGUCGAAUAACGAUCAAGCCGAAAAACGAAUAGCGGUCACGUCGAUGCCUCCAUCCAAACCAGCGUCAAAGCCGAAGGCGAUGGGAGCGAGUAAACCGCUCAAGGCGGUCCAAAAAGGCAAAGCCGUUGAGGCGAAGAAGCAAGGAGGAUGGUUUGGGAAACCGAGCAACUCAAAAAAGGGCGCUACCGCAGCGGAACCCAAACAGGUCAAGAAAAUCGUGUACAAAGUACCGGCCAAGCAAAACUUACCUCCGUCCGCCUCUGAAACCAAACAGGAACCAGCAUUUGUCUCGGCACGUUUGAAGAGUACGACUCCACUUGCCGCGGCAUCGUCAUCGGUGACGCCACAAUCAAGAUCACCCACCACUGUAGCACAUAGCCCAGAUCCUAUUUUUCGCAACGCGAAAUUGCGAACAACGGGAAUCGACACCAUGGCGCCACCCAAACAACUUGCCGGGGAACGCCCACCGUCUCCCGAGCCGACACUGGCGUCACAACCGAGAUCUCAACCCAUGGAGACGGCACCUCUCACCGAAACAAGACAACGACAACGACCACCACUGUCACGAAGAAGAUCGUCAGGCACGAUCCCGAAUACGGUAAGCUCAAGAGUUCGCAUUCCUGAUUUCCAUCCGACCUGUUGGCAAUAG